AUGUCCCAAACCUUCCAAGUCAAGGCCCAACGCUGGAUACGAUCGUCUCUUGCUGUAGAUGCUGAUGCCGACGAAGCCGCCUUCCUCAAUGGAUCCCAACUACCAUCUCCCGUCUCAGUAUUGGGCGCGUCCUCCAUAGCAUGGACUGGCUCGACAUACAAUAUGCCCAGCUCCUACAAGCUGACGACAUCCGAAAUCAUACAUUCAGGUGCAAACAGGCUGCUGCAUUCGAACUUUUAUAAGGGGUUGUAUCUAGUGAUGGCGGUGUUGAGUUUGAUAUCUGUUGGAAUGUCGUUAUCUGACACGUGUCCAUCAGGCUGGUUUUACAUCCUCGAAGCAGUCGUAAACCUAACAAUGAUUGCUGAAGUGUCGAUUCGAUUUAUUGCGCUUGGAAAGCUAUACUGGAAAUCAACAUGGAACAUUGUCGACCUCGUAAUGGUGCUCUUAUGCGGCAUGACACUGCUCUACCUGCUGUUUGGCGAAUGCACAAAGGCACGGUCGCGAGAAGCGGUGCUGGAUACGGUGUUGCUGGUUGUGAGGAAUGGGAUACAGUUUGUGAGGCUGGUGCUCAUGUUGAGAAAGAACAGACGUCCGUUACUGUCCAGGCCAGGAAACGUUGAUUUCGACUCGGUUAGAAGUGCGAAUAUCAUAACGCCGCACAAUGCUGAUUUGGAGAAUGUGCAUAUAAGUAAUGGCUUCAGCUCGGAUGAUUUGGAUGACUUUUGA